CCGUGGUUGAGACGUUGAUUUUUACGCUUUUUUAGUGACAGACAUUACAAAUUAAGACUAUCCUUUCACCUUUAUAUAUUCGCAUAUUAUAUCAGUCGAUUGUUAGAACAAUACUGAACUGUACAAUCAGAAAAUGAAUAGCUAUAAUAAUGAGUUUCUUUACUGUCCUUACAACAAGUGUCAUCGUAUAAGCAGUUCAAAAUUUCAGCGACAUCUUGUAAAAUGCGAAAAGAAUUAUCCCCCUGAUUACAAGGUUAUCUGUCCGUACAAUGCAACUCAUCGUUUGAGUAAGAGUGAGAUUGAAGAACAUAUCAAUACAUGUCCUAUGAGAAAAACUGUUGAAGCAAGUUAUAUCCAGUUGCCAAGAACAACUCAAAGGGUGGUAAGAGCAGAACAAGAUGAUUCUAAAAAUCAAAUUGAUUAUAAUAGCUAUUGGGGAAGUCAAGAAGAAAUGUAAGCAUGAAAAGAUCCUAUAAGCUCCAUUAUAAUCAUUAAAUUCAUGAAUCGGAGGGCAAAUAUGGAACAUUCUGUUAGGACGUCAAUCAAUACAUGUUGAAAUAAAUAUCUAGUUACAAUGUAUCUAGCUUGAUCUUGGUAACAAAUCAUAUAAGACAGAAUCUAGAACAUGAUUAUACAAACGCAGUGAUUACAAAGGAAAAAUUAAAAAAAGAAUG